AUGUGCCAUGAUGAUGCUGCUCUUAUAGUCGGCUAUUAUGGAGUGGGGCGAGUCGCCACCGCCGACACCCCGCCGCCCCUCGACAACCGGCCGCAGCUGUUGCUGCAGCGGAUCCUGAGCAACCGGCCGCUGAGCAUCGUGAACGACGAGAACAACGGGCAGCUGGAGACGGACUGGCGCCACAGCGAAUUUAUCAACGAGUGCUUGCUGUGGCACAACGUGUACCGCCAGCGCCACAGCGCUCGGCCGCUCGCGCUCUGCCCGCAGCUUUGCAGCUACGCCCAGGCCUGGGCAAACCACUUGGCACACGUGAACACAUUCUACUACCGGACAGACCGCGACAUCGGCCAAAACCUGUUUUGCCGGCCUACUACGACCCUUCAGGCAGAUGUCACAGGUCAGGAAGUAGUAACCUAUUGGUAUAGUGCGGUACGCCAGUACAACUACCUCAAGGAGCCUGACAUCCUGCAUGCCAACGUCAAUGCAGGGCACUUCACGCAGCUGGUGUGGGCGUCGACGACGCACGUGGGGCUGGGCAAGGCGCGGUCGCGCUCGGGCAAGGUGCUGGUGGUGGCGCACUACCGGCCGGCGGGCAACGUGUCCGGGCUGUUCCAGCAGAACGUGUUCCCGCCGCUGGCGCUGCCGCAGCCGCAGGCGCCGCCGCCGCCGCCGCCGCCGCAGACGCCCGCCGAGGCGCGCCGGCGCACGCGCAGCCGCCGGCGCGACGACUCGGACAGCGAGUCCGGCUCGGCGAGCGAGUCGAGCGCGUCGGCCAACGCCUCGUAGCGGCUGCUGGGGGCCGUGCGCGGCACGCCCCUAGUCGCCGCCCUGCGAGCAGCGGGUGGUGUGCAGUCAGAUGAAAUAUAUGGGCAUUGUACAGCUGCAAUGGCUGCUACAGCACUGUGUGUGUAUUGAAACAAUACUAUAAAAUGAGUGAUUCUGCUAAGACCAGACUCAUAUUUGUGACAAUUGUUUCUUGACACAUAUACAAGCUGCUGUGAAUGAACUAAGUGAUAAUCUUUGCUGAAGUGAAUGCAGAAAUUGCAUAACUGACCUCUUUGUAUAGACAUUUAUGUAUAGAUAGACAUGUGCAUGAGCUUCAAACAGUAUAUUUCACACCUAGGACUUAUUUUCAGGUAUGAGCGCUGAUGACAUUGGAGAAAAAGUGUUUCAGGUGCUUACAGUACCUAAUUACAUUAACUACUGAGGUAUUAUAAAUUUUCAGUAUUUUCGAUACAUUUUGUUAAGUGGAAAACCGUUCAUAAACUUACAGACAACUACUCUAAAAAAAAAGACGAUAUAAUUUACAUUUUAAGCUAGCAGCUGGUAAAAACAGCAACAGAAAUUGACUAUAGGGACCUGAACAGUUAAUUUGUGCUUCAAGGAUACAGGUUUUGCUCAUGAUCAAUAGGUGCACUGAUGUUAAACGUUAGUAUUAGGUUGGAACAGGGCUUGUUGAUGAUCUAUAUUUUUUUUAAUUUUGCCUACACUCCUCACAACGAUUCUUGUAUAUGCUCACACAUUUCACAAUACAGAGGGCAGCUUCAAUAUUACUGUGUGAGAAUCUGUCAGAAAACUAAAUUGUGAAGUGUAAAUAAGACACAAAUGAGUUGGAAUAUUGCUAGCUAAAAUAUAUUUAACUCUUUGAACAGCUAAUAAAAUAUCACAUAUAUUAGUCAACUAUUUUUUCUAUGCACUUUUUCUUUUUAUCUCAUUAUGUGGAUAAAUGUACAAUAGGUAGAAGCCCUAAGUCUACUGUAACCAGCUGUAUAUUACAUGUAAUUGCUUUUUAUUCAGUUAAUAUUUGUAAGUGUAGACAUAUUUUUAUAUGGUUAAAUAAUAGUAUGCUAACUGCUUGCACAUGUGCUGAUUGUAUAUAGUUCUAAUUAGAGGAAUUAUACAACUGACAUAAACUCUGCAUGAUGCAGACAGUCAUCAUUUCAUUAAAACAAAAGUGAAGAUUUCUGUUUAUUUGUUGGCCAUAGCAACAAAGACAGAAUUGAAACUGGAACUAUAUAUUUGGGUGUAUCAGAUCUAUUGCUUUGUAAUUAGCUUCACUCUUAGGUUAAAAAAAUGCACACAAAUAAAGUUAUGUUAUUUACAAUGACUCAUUUCUAUAGCACUGAGAUUUACCAAUUGUAUGAAAUUGUUUACGUAUCUACUAAACUCAAGUAAUGGAUAUCUUUUGUACAAUAAUAACUGAUUUGUCAUUUAUUAGGCUAAUUUUUUAAAAUAGUCAUCCAAUAAUAUAUUACAAGUGCCAGUUCAAUAGAUCAGCAGACACAUUUCUUUCUAGUUAUAGAGAGACUUUCUCUUGUCUUAUUCACAUCUGUACAGUAUCACUUUCAGAUUCAGUUUACUUGUUGCCUGACGUCAGCAUCUUUGUUACCUUCAUUUUCUUUGUUUCCUAUUUUAGGGAUCCACACUUUAUCUUCCAGCUGAUCUUCUUUGAUUUAUAAUAAAGGCACAGUACUGUUGUUUGACAACCAACAGUAAAUUAUUCUUUCUUCUUCUGUUGAACUAUUUCUCAGUGAAUCUUCUUGAAUCCUUCACACUCAUCAGUAUUAUAACAGGUUCCUCAGUUUUUUUCUGUUUUCGUGUGUCUCUAACAGCAUGUGCUAUUACGUGUCUCUGAUUGCAUGCACUCUUAACAAAUGUGGUACUAAUUUUUAUUUUAGCUCUGUCAUUCAGAAUAUACCAUGAAUAAACUUCUGGAGAUACUCAACACUACAUUCAAUAUAUCAAGUCAAAUGUGUAGUUACUGUAUAUACUCAAUUGCGCCUAGAAAGAGAUACUGAAGUAUGGAGUACAUCUUUGUGGAGACAUAUUAACUCAGACCACAAGCUACUAAUGUUGAAAUGGAAACUGAAAUUUUAAAUAAGUGAAAGUGUAUGAGGAGACAGAACAUUAACAGAAUGAAGAGGAAAGUGUGAAUUCCAUAUUUUUAGACACUGUAACCAGAAAAACAUAUGGUAGAUGAAGCACAGUGAUGAAGAGGAAGUGAAUAAAUAACAAUAGCUAUGGAUAGCGUAUAAUUGCAAGCAGGAAAAGUAUCAGGGGUAACUGAAGAAAUAUUCGAUCAUGACAAUGAAAAUACUACAUAGAAGCAGGUGCACCAUCUUGACUGAAUGAGAUAUAUGGCAGGCACCCAAAUAACAUUGAGUGAAAGUGUAAAACAGUCAAACAUAAUACUGAAAAUAAGGAUGAAUAAGCGUAAUCUAGAACAGCCACAAAUGAGACACACUGACGUGAAGUAAAAUUUAAUAACGAAACAGACAGAUAAGAAUGAGAAACAAAAAUUAAAUAAAUAAACAAUGACACAUAUUCUGUAGUAUCACUCGUACUGAAUUAAAUGGGGCUUCAGGAAACAAUAUAUAAAUAUUCAUCUUUUGGGUGUCAAGUAAUAAAGUCAUAAAAAUAUACUGAAUGUUAAUAUGGCCUAGAAGUAUAACAGAGACUGAAGGCUUUUCUGCAACAGCAGACAAUGAGUUUGUAUUUAGGACAUUUCAUAUGUUGCUCACUAAGGCCUAUAAUUGAUAUGGCAGUCUAGAACUACAAUACUGUAAUCUUUUUAUAUAUCAAGAGUCAAAACUUGCAAUAAUGGAUGGUAUUUGCAGCAUCGUUAGCAGGUUAGAAUACUAGUGAUGGAUGCAAUUUUCAUCAGAAAAAUUUGGCUAGUGAAGAGAGCAGAUAUGGGAGUAUAACAUCUAUAAUUAUCAGUUCUGGCAUCAAUAUCCUUGAUUACAUUAGAUUAUCUUCUUGGGUUAUUGCAUGGGGCUGUUAUGCAAUGCAGUUUCUCGGUGCUUUUAUCUAUAGUAAGCCAUUUGCCAGUACUAUGUGUUAUGUACUUUCUAUUUUAUAUACCGAGCGAGGUGGCGCAGUGGUUAGCACACUGGACUCGCAAUCGGGAGGACGACGGUUCAAUCCCGUCUCCGGCCAUCCUGAUUUAGGUUUUCCGUGAUUUCCCUAAAUCGCUUCAGGCAAAUGCGGGGAUGGUUCCUUUGAAAGGGCACGGCCGAUUUCCUUCCCCAUCCUUCCCUCACCCGAGCUUGCGCUCCGUCUCUAAUGACCUCGUUGUCGACGGGACGUUAAACACUAAUGUCCUCCUCCUCCUAUUUUAUACUUAUCUAUGAAAAUACAAACAGAAUACUACUUUAUGCAAGAAUUUAUCAGAGUCAGUUAAAUAUUACUCUUAUGUGUCAGGCAUAUUCACACAGAGGUCAGUCAAAGACAGUGGCAAACCCCAACCAUUUUCCAUCACUACCUAAAUUCGUUAGUAAGAGUUAUCUUCCCAUUUCAUCAAAGAGCUGAUUUGAACAUGAUACCAGAAAUAAAUAAGAUGCUUUCACAAUUGUGGAUAUUUGUUUGAUGAAUUGGAACAAGAAAAUUGCUCAAUGUACUGAAUGUUAUAAAGUCAUUAAUAAGUGCAAACUACACUUACAGUUCUAGAAAAACUCUUUCUUUAACCAUUUUUCCGCUGAGGCAGCACAGUGCUUUAGCCACAUUUUUCUCGCUAAUAUUCAUUAUCACUGUAUCCUUUAUCUGUAUACUGAUACCUUGAUUCAAAGGUUAAAAUUUUUCAAACUGUGUUACAGUGCAACAGUUUGUGUUUUGUGAACUGAAAGGUAGUACAGUAAUAACUGAAACCCAUUUUAAAUUUACAGAUAGUUUAUCUGGUGGCUCAUAUCUUUUGUUUGUCUCUUUUUCCACAUUUAAUUAACUUAACAACUUAUCACUGCAGUAAUAUUUUACAACUAUGAAGACAUUCUUCAUUUAAUAUCAUGGUUGUCAGAUUUCUAGUAAACUGAAAUGUAAUACAAGAUUAUUGCUUUCCAUGUACUGAAUGUAAAACCUAUUCUUUUUUGUAGUUUUUAACAGACAUCUAAUCAUUAUACAGACUACUUAUGCAUAUGUUGAUUGACACAAGUUACUGUGAAAACAUGAAAAAACUCUAUGUGAGAGUGGAAUAAUUAUGUUUUCAAGUUUACCUGGCAGUCUUAUUUAGAAUUCUAUAUAACUGAGUUUUAAAUUAGCUAUGAAUACAAAUAAAUUCACUGACACAAGGCAGCUUUUGCUGUUCUUAUCUAAGAAACAUCGUUUUGCAGUUUAAUUUCUAAAUGUUUGUUUAGUAAGUGUUAAUAUUAGUAUUUGAAACAUAACAGGCAUUUGUACUGUCAUAUCUGCUCACCAUGUGUGAAAAACAAAGUUGAUAUUGGUCAACAAAUGCAAGAAAUGUCACUGUUAUGUCUGAAAAAAUUUCUACUCAUUUAUGAUCAAGAGUCAUUCUACAACAAAGAUGAAAUUUUGUAUUUACUGAUGCUAUAGUGUGAAUGGUGUUGAAGUAACUUUUAUUAUUCACAUUCCAGCCUUGGAACAGCUUCUUAUGAAAUUAUCUUCCUGCUUAGCCAGAUUCAUUUAAGCUCUCGCCAUGUUCAAAGGCUGAGUCACAUCUAAACACAGCUAAUCAUUUUAUAAAAUAUUUAUUACUUUCAGAUUAACUGCUACUUUAUUUUGUACACCAAUAAUGCACUCAAUUAUCAGUUUUAAUUCCGUGCCCUAUCAUGUGCAGCAUUUUAGCUCAAGUUAGUUUAAAUGGUAUGGAUGAAUUAAAAUGUUCCUGAUAUUGGCCUCAACAUUACUAUGCCUAUACUCAGGGUAAAAAAUUCAGUGUUUGUUCCUCAUUCUUUUACUUGAUGGAUUUUUAGUCCACAUAAAGACAAUCAACUAAAACAAACUCAGUAUUCUUCAUUUAAGUAGUAGGGUAGCAUUUCUAACUAGCCAUUGCCAUUUUCUGGAAAUUAUUUUUAAUGCUGAUGGACUUUGAGAAAAAUUUAGUAUUUAUUCAUAAGCACUGACUGCCACAAUAUCUUUAUUACAUUAUUUCUUCCUUAUAGACUUUUGCUGCAAGUAUGAUUAUAGUGUAAUUAUUUGUUACUAUGCAGUUUUUAUUAGCAGGUUAAUAUCUAUCUGUCUUAAUCCUUAUUUCUGACUAACUGCUGUUGGUCCAGUUGAUGUACUCAUAACAAAUUUUAGUAUUCUGUUUAUAUUCUCUUAGAAAAUCAACAUGACUUAUUUGUUGCCAACUAUUUAAUGCCAACAUGUAAAAUAAAGUCUAAGUACAUAACUGAUCUCAUGCAUAUCUUGCAUCUGUAAUUUUCAUAUAUAAUCACUGAUGUGACCUAUUCCUCGCUGUUCCUUAAUAUGUAACUGAAUUCAGACUGCAUGUCAACAUGUGAAGCUGUUCUCAGUUUCCCUUGCAGAGUUUUUAUGGAUUAUUGUUGCUGUUGAUAUCAUCAUUACUAUUAUAUUAUAAGCAUGGCAACUUUUUGUGCUGAAUAGCAGGAAAACUAGGGAAAAAUAUUUAUAGAAUAAUUGCAUGAUUGCUGUGUCAUAAUCACAUGCAUGUAUGAAAUAUGUUGUGAAAAAUUUGAUGUCAUAUUAUCCUGAGAGACAGACUCCCUCUUAUUUCUAUAUAUCCAUGUAUUGUUGUUGUAUUUAGAUGUAUUGUCUUUUGCGAACAUCAAUUGUAUUCUCUGUGAAAUGGUAUGGUAUUUAACAUUUCACUUUAAUAAUAUGAAGAUACUUGGUGUCAAUAGUACUAAAGAUGUUACCUUGAAUGUACACAAUGUUUCUGUGAUAUACUUUACUGUGAAUAUUGAUGUAAAAAUGUGUGAGAAAAUCAAUCGUCUUAUUUUGUAUUUUCUAUUGCUUAUUCUGACACAAACAUAUAAUGAUUAUAUAAUAUAUUAUUUGCAUGUGAAUGUUAAGUGUACACAUUAUUUGGUGUUAUUAAAAUAUCUGGAAUA